AUGGCAGGGAGGGUUGCGCAGGCACGUGUUCAGAACAAAGUCCCGCGCUAUGUGGGCACCAUUAAUGCUUCCAGCCGGACAGCCAGAAUCUCCUUGGUGUCGGUGCUUCGGGACCACCCCUUAGCAGCUCUCCGUCAUGCCGAUAAUAUGGUGGCCAUCUCGUCGGCGCGCUUCACCCCACGGCCUCUGGUGAUUCAAGGUCCCGGAGCUGGUGCUGCGGUGACUGCCUUCGGAAUGCUCUCGGAUAUGUUCCGACUCAAGCGAUCCGGGUCUGCGUCACGAUGCCCUGCGCAAGAAAAGGUCCAAGUCUCUUCAGUGGAUGCCUUCCAGGGAUGCCAAAAGGACAUCAUCAUUCUCAGCCUCGUCCGGGCCAAUCCACGUGGUGAUGUUGGGUUUGUGUCGGACUGGCGUCGACUGAACGUUGCCUUCACGCGGUCGAGGAAGCUUUGUCUCAUCCUGGCACACUUGCCCACGUGGCUGAGUACAGAGAGUGCUCUCUUGAGGGACUGGAUCGGCUUUCACCCGGCCGAUGUUGCAGAGGUCAAGUCAUUUCAGAAGAGCGGCCGCUCUGUUGGUCUAGGAGCUCUGCCUUCUGACCUGGAAACCCAGGUCGACAUGUUGAGGGAGGAGUUUGCCAAAAAUCGUCCAGCAGCAGCCAAGCUUCCGCGUGUGUCAGUGGCUGCAAGGGGAGGUGGCACGGAUGCAGCCACAGUGAAAAGAAAGAAUCUGGAAGCCGGGCGAGCGCUGUCAGAAGCGAUCAGCAAAGUUGAUGAAAGCCUCCUCGAGGCAGCCCUCAACAAGGCCAUUGAUGCUGGCAUCCAGAACAGCACCGUAGAAGAAGCGGAGGAUAUGCUUCGGCGCAUUGUCUCCCUGCGAGAGCUAAACGUGGCUGCUAGCGGGGAUGACGAGUCGGUUCUGCAGGCCGCCAUCUUUUUGGCGAGACAAUCUGGAGUAAGCGAGGCUGACAUCUCGCAGGCAGAGGAAAGCUUCAACUUGAACCUCAAGGCCGCCCUGGAAGAGCGCCUCAGCGUAGAGCGCAAAGAGAAAGCCUUUGCCCGGCUCCGCGAGGCUAUGGGUGGGCGAAACAUCAGUGCUUUGAAAAGCGCCAUUGCACAAGCUCGUGCAGAGGAGGCUGCUGAACAUGACCUGCAGGCUGCCGAGGCUGCGCUCACGAGGCUGUUGCAGGAAGAAGCUGCCAGGAAAGCUCCUGUGCCAGUCGAGCCGGAGCCAGCAGCCUACGAAGAGCCGAUGGAGCCCAAGGAGGAAAAAGCGGAGCCGAUGGAAACGGAACAAGAUGUCCCGGUAGCAGUGAAGCGCGAAGCGCCACCAGCCGCCAAAGCGGAGGAUCUGCCGACAGGAAAGCCUGUUCCGAAGGUGCCCGGCAUGAAGCGCAUGCAACUUCGAGUGCUUGACAAAGUUGGCUGUGGCAUGACAUUGCAGACAACGAAGUGGGGCAUGGUCGUCGAGGAGGUGGAAGCCAAGCCCGGACAGCCACUUCUGAAGGUGGGUGACUGCAUUGUCGAGGUAGACAAGCUUUCCCUUGUGGGGCUUCCAGAGGAUGUCUGUGAGGACACCUUCGGCACAGCCUUUCGGCAUGGUGUUUGGCUUUCUGCUGUCUCCGGUGUUGAGGCCGGCAUUAAUCGGGAAGACCUUGAUGCGGCAGAGUAUGCUUAUGACAAGUACUUCAGCAUGUAUGCGCUGGCAGAGGCCCACGAUGAAGUAUCUUUGCGUGUGGCCAUCAUGGAGGCACGAGCUGCUGGUGUUGAAGGGGCUUUAAUCGCAGAGGCGGACAUGCGUUUGAGGACCCUUGCUGCAGAAAGGGAACUCGCAGAUGCUGGCGAUAACGGCAGUUUCUUUGUAUCUGCCAUGUCAUCCAAAGCUGCCUUGCUCCAUGACUUGGAGAAGAAGCGUCAGGAGCGAGAGAGGCAACGCCAGCAGAACGCGGAGGAGACGGCUAAGGAGAGCCACCGGACAGAGGGCGCCGCACGAAUUCAGUGCUUCGUCCGGGGAUUCCUGGCAAGACGCAGUUGGGCAGAGGCCGAAUGGAAAAGUCUUCGGAAGCAGGUUCAAGAUCUUGGCGCUCUCGCGACUUCGCUGCGGCAGCAGGGAAAGCAGUUCCUUGCGCCAGCGGAGUUGCUGCUGACGUUUUUGCGCCGGUCGUGCUGGCAGGUCCGAAAAUGCAGCACAUCAAGGAGUUCAGAUGAGCUGGCCGAGGUGCUUCAGACUUUGUCCUCGCUGGCAAUUGACGGCUUGCGGGCUUCUUCAAACGGUGCGCAAAAGAGCGUUUGUUCUCUGUUAUGCGCCGAUGCCCGACCACUGCAUGUGCCAGAUCCAAAUCGGACCGUCGUCAACUUCUGCCACGCUCUGCUUGUGAUCGCAAUUGCACCAGUUCGUGGACAUUCGCAAAUCCUGUCGACUGCGGCUUCGGCCUGUGUGGCAAAUCUGGCCGAAAUCUUGAACCUGCACAGCUGGGCAGGCGGCUCUGAGAUGGGUGCGCCAUUGGUUCGGAGGAUUUCUGGCCUGCUGCUGCGAACCUGCGUCUAUUCCGCUAUGCUUCAACACUGGCGCGGUUGUGCACUGGCUGCCGCCGGCUGCUGGGGCAGCGGCGGCACACCUCCGGAGAAACUGCAGAACCUGGUUGGUGCGGCAGCUGCACUUCUGCGGCUCGCCCUGCAGGAGGCCACGUUCGAGGUCGCUGCCGAACUCCUAGAAGCGCUGCUCUCCGUCCCGCGCUUGGGAGCACCGCUGGCGAGAUGCCUUCCCAGGGCCGAGGAGCAAGCAUGGUCUUCAGCUUUGCUUCGACUUCUGUCACGGUUCAAGAAUCAUCGCGGAAAUGAGCGCCAAGGUUCUGCCAAAGCCAUGGAGCAGGAGUACGCGAUGUCAUAUGCUGCAGGCAAUCUCUUCGAGCUGCAUGCAGCCUUGACGUUGCCGUUGCCAGAACUUCUCAGGGUCCAAGCAUACCUGCUGGAGAGAGCGGUCGAGGUCUCAAUGCUUGCUGGAGCACCAGCACUAGUCCAAGACGAGCCGGUGACCGUCAAGGAGCUGCGGCGACAGCUGCAGCAUGUGGCUGAGCCUGGAGCGAUAGCCCAGUGGUGGAGCAGAGUUCUCAUGCUGAAGUAUGUGCCAAAGGAGGCCUUUUUGGGACCGGUGCGACUCCGUGGGUACCAACGGCACUGCCUGGCCGUGGCACAUCACAAAGUGUGCCCGCUUGCGGUGGACAGCCUUGCACACCUUUACAGCACCUUGCUGGGCAAAGCUCGUGCAGCCUCGAAGUCGGGGCUAAACUACCAAGUCUUUGAAACGAUUGCCAAUGCCAUUGCCUACAUGGAGGGUGGCGAUGUGACCAAGGCGCUGUGGCGGCGAAUUCAAAGCACUCUGACCGCGGAUGCAAUGCGCCCCGGUCAACUCAGCGAACAUCUGGGUCCCAAUGUCUUCCACCUCAUUCACCUACACGCCGUGCUGUUGUCGCAGAGUCUGGGCAUCAUGACCUACGACGAGCUUCGAAGUGCAGACUCUCCACUUUGUAAGCAUGACAUCGGCAUGUACGUGAGCAAGGUGACGUCGGUCACCUCUUGGCUCGCAUGGAGCGGUGCAGAGUCAUCAGGGGCCGCAGGCCUUCCGAUUCGAGAGGAGCUUCUGGAGGCCGCCGGAUGCGUCUUGGGACAGCUCUGGGCGCUCUGCCGUCGCGGGGAGAAGCCGCUUCCUGCGAGCUGCUGGCAUGCUCCAGACCCGGUCACAGAGGGCUUCAAGGCGGUUGUCAAGGAGAUCACAGACUCAGUUCAGCUCGCUCAGCCCGUUCAGCUGACGGUCGGUGCUGAUCGCCUUCUCCGCCACCUACCGCAGGCCAUACCGUUCGAGCUCCGCGUCGCACUCCUCCGUGCCCGAGUCCAGAUGGCUCGUGAGGCUGGGCUGGGCCGGCCCGUGGUGAAGCUGACCGUCCGCCGCACCCACCUCUUUGAGGACGGCCUCACGUCCUUGAUGCUGAAGGAGGCUGACUGGCGAGCGCGGUUCCAGGUGGUCUUCGUGAGCGCUUCAGGUAGACCGGAGCAGGGACAGGAUGCCGGCGGCCUCUUCAAGGAGUUCUGGGAGAAGCUUGCGGAGACAGCCUUCAACCCCGAGUAUGGGCUCUUUCGCAUCACGGAUGAGCGGCUCCUGUUCCCAAACCCAGAUGCGUGGAAAUACCAUGAGAACGUCGAGACGCUCUUCGAGUUCUUGGGCCUCGUGAUUGGCAAGGCUAUCUUUGAAGGAAUUGUCGUGGAGCCUUCAUUUGCACCUUUCUUCCUUGCCAAGAUUCUUGGCAAACACAACUCGUACUACGACCUCCAAUCUUUGGACCCGGCACUCUUCGGAAAUCUGCAGCAGCUGAAAGUCUACAGUGGUGACGUGGCAGAUCUGUGCCUGAACUUUGUUGCCACUGGCAGUGAUGGCGAGGAGAUUCCGUUGCUGCCCGGGGGAAACGGCAAGGAAGUAUCGGUCACAGCCGAGAACAGGGUGCGCUACAUUUACUUGCUCAGCGACUACAAGCUGAAUCGAGAGCUACAGAAUGCAUCCACGGCCUUCUUGAGUGGCUUUCGGCGACUGAUCGACGAGCGAUGGCUGCGGAUGUUCAGUGAGGAUGAGCUGCAGCAGGUGAUCAGCGGCUCCAGCAGCGGCUCCCUGAAUGUGGAUGACCUGCAACGACAUACGCAGCUGUCCAACUGCAAUGGUUCUCGCGACCGCUUGGUGCUGGAUUUCUUCACGGCUGUGAAAGCAAUGAGUCCGCAGCACCAGACGAAGCUGCUGCGGUUCGUCACUUCUUGCUCCCGGGCGCCUUUGUUGGGCUUUUCCCAUCUCCAGCCGCCAUUCACCUUGCACAAGGUUCCCUCGAUGGGAAGGCUCAAUUGGCUGCUGCUUUGUGCAGUGUGCCUGGUGGAAGGGAUGGACAUGGUCUUCAAUGGCCUUUGCCUUGGCAUGGUGCUGCCAGUGGUGCAGUCUCAGAUUGCGACGCAUGUGCGGCCAGAGUUUAUGGGCAGUUACUUUGGCCUCCUCACUGCAUCAAUGGGGCUUGGGAAGAUUAUCGCCCUCGCGAUUGCGGCGCCCUUGGCCGAGGCAUUUCAGAUGUUCUUCCACUCGCCAUCAGCCGCCACUCCUCCACACAAGGUUGACCUGCUGGAGGUUGUGGGCACAAUGUUCGGUGGACCUUUGGGUGGAUACAUCGGUGACCGGCUUGAGAGGAUUGCACGGAGGCCGAUUCCGGCAAGUGCCAGCUUCGAUCCCCAGGCAUCUGUCAUGGCCUGGGAGUACAGUCUCGAGUCUCUCAGUGGUCAAACGAUCGGGCCGCUCAGCGUCUCCUUGCUUGCGACCCACGUCCUGAAGUACAAAACUCAGGAGAUGGCGAUUGCAGACAUGCCCUCUGCCGACAGGAUUGCCAAUGCUACCGCGCUUGGCAAGGGGCUGCAGUUCCUCGGUACAUGGUGGCUCACUAAGGACCUAUCUGCUCAGGACGGUGAAGGAGAGACGAUUCUCGCCAAGCAGAAGACGACGGUGCCAAAGAUCUACGCGGUGUUAGUUGCAGCGCUGGAGCUCGCGGGUGUGGUGCAAGAGGAAGACGAGGCCACAUAUCGGGCAGCAUACGACGAGGCACAGCAAGCUGGCGUGGACCCUCGUCGACUCUCAGAGGCAGAAGAAAUCCUGAGCCGCCUCAGCCUGCCGCAUCUUUCGCAGGCUGCCGGUGCGGCGCCUGAGCCUGACAGUUUCGACUUCCUCCAGAUGAGCGCAGCCGGCGCAGAAGGGGUCGCAAGCGAAGCGACCGAGGGCAAGCCCGUCUUCCCGCCCAUGCCACCUUCCGCACCAGUCAUUGUCGCUGUAUCCGAGUCUGAAGCAAAGCGCAGAAAAGCAGAGCUGGGCGAUGCAGGAGAGGUCAAAGACGAAGCGGCUGCGGAGGGCGGCGUAGAAGCUCUCCGCAAAUGGUCGCUCCGGAUGAUUGAAGUCUCGCUUCUUCAAUGUCGAAAGCGCAAGGCGGUGGAGAUGGAAGACUUUGAUCUGGCACACCGCUUGAAGCAGCGGGAGCCUGCCGCCACCUUGCGGCUUACCGCCGCUCGGCAAUCGUGCCUGGCUUGCAAGGAUGCGCCGGCCGCUAGCGAAGAGGCCGACACAGAAGAGCGGAAGAGACUGAGGAAUCAGGAGGAGGAGGAACUACAGACGGUCAAGCGCCAGAAACAGGAGGCCGUUGAGCUGGAGGACUAUGCUCGUGCAAGUGAGCUGAGGAGACGGGAGCUGGAGCUUGAACGACGAAAGCGGGGUGAUGACUCGCAGGCUGCAGCUGCAGCCUUGCAGAUGCUAGGAGACUCUCCCCCAGAGGUGCUGAUCCACCACUUCGAUCCCGGUGUGGCGGAGUGCGCUCAGGGCGCUGGGUCCGAGGUUUGGGAGGCAGUGUCCGCCGACCUCCAGGCAGCUGCGGCUGUGUGA